CGCGUUGCUCUUGCAUUCUCUAGUUAGUCCGUUGCUGAGUCCGAUAGCAGUCACAGUGUUGCCUGUUUCCGUCGUCAAGAAGUUUAAUUUUCAAUAAAAGAAAAUGAGGGAAAUCGUACAUCUGCAGGCCGGCCAGUGUGGAAAUCAGAUCGGAGCAAAGUUCUGGGAGGUGAUAAGUGACGAACAUGGAAUCGACCCAACUGGUUCAUACCACGGGGACAGCGACCUGCAGCUGGAGCGGAUCAACGUGUAUUACAACGAAGCAUCAGGUGGCAAGUAUGUCCCUCGUGCAGUGCUGGUGGACUUGGAGCCAGGCACGAUGGACUCUGUGAGGUCUGGUCCCUUUGGCCAGAUCUUUAGACCAGACAAUUUUGUCUUUGGCCAGAGUGGAGCAGGUAAUAACUGGGCUAAAGGUCACUACACCGAGGGAGCGGAGCUGGUGGACUCGGUCCUGGAUGUGGUGAGGAAGGAGGCAGAGAGCUGCGAUUGCCUCCAGGGCUUCCAGCUCACCCACUCGCUGGGUGGAGGCACCGGCUCUGGUAUGGGCACGCUGCUCAUCAGCAAGAUCCGAGAGGAGUAUCCAGAUCGCAUCAUGAACACAUUCAGUGUGGUGCCCUCACCCAAGGUGUCAGACACAGUCGUUGAACCGUACAAUGCAACCCUCUCCGUCCACCAGCUGGUGGAGAACACAGAUGAGACCUACUGCAUUGAUAAUGAGGCUCUGUAUGACAUCUGCUUCCGCACACUGAAGCUCACCACACCCACAUACGGUGACCUCAACCACCUGGUCUCAGCCACCAUGAGUGGGGUUACCACCUGCCUGCGCUUCCCCGGGCAGCUCAACGCCGAUUUGAGGAAAUUGGCCGUGAACAUGGUGCCCUUCCCCAGGCUGCACUUCUUCAUGCCGGGCUUCGCCCCCCUGACCAGCCGCGGCAGCCAGCAGUACAGGGCACUGACCGUCCCUGAACUCACCCAGCAGAUGUUCGACACCAAGAACAUGAUGGCAGCUUGUGACCCACGCCACGGGCGCUACCUCACAGUCGCCGCCAUCUUCCGAGGCCGCAUGUCAAUGAAGGAGGUAGAUGAGCAGAUGCUUAAUGUUCAGAACAAGAACAGCAGCUACUUUGUGGAAUGGAUCCCCAACAACGUCAAGACCGCCGUCUGUGACAUCCCUCCCCGCGGUCUCAAGAUGGCCGCCACCUUCAUUGGCAACAGCACAGCCAUCCAGGAGCUGUUCAAACGCAUCUCGGAGCAGUUUACUGCUAUGUUCCGCCGCAAGGCCUUCCUCCACUGGUACACUGGCGAGGGCAUGGAUGAGAUGGAAUUCACUGAGGCUGAGAGCAACAUGAAUGAUCUGGUGUCCGAGUACCAACAAUAUCAGGACGCCACUGCUGAGGAAGAGGGAGAGUUUGAGGAGGAGGGAGAAGAGGACUUAGCCUAGACAGUACCAUAACCCCUGUCUUCCUAUGCAACAGUUAGGGCUGGGCAAUGUCAUUCAAAUCACUGCUGCGUUUAUUAAAACAAGAUUGCAUUUUUCCAGUGGAGUGUCAUCAAAUAUGUCCAUUCAUGCAUUUGAAUACUUAUCCAGCCUUAGCCGGAGUGUAAAUGGGUCCUCAAAGUUUGUUUUUUAAACGUUGUCUGUUCUGUUUUCACACUUUGUUAUUUUUUGCUGUCAGGAGUUCUUUUCUCCUUUCCUGCUUUGGAUAUGAAUGUUAAAAACU